AUGCCAGCUCCCGAACGUGUCGUUAGGUGGGUCUUGCAAAACUAUCCGCGUCCAACCAUAGAUUCGGAAUGGCUGUCGGAUUGUUGUGAUUGGAUAUCGAGUACAUACAACAUAUCGCCGUCCACCCACUUCCACGACUUCAUCACGCACGUCGAGGCACAGCUCCUCCAAUCCAAUCUCGAGGACUCAACAGUUCCUGGUACCGGUUUGGAUGCGGAGCUUGUCCGAAUUGAAGAUCAAACUACCGGUUCUGUCCCGUUGUUGGUAGAAAUUAGGUCUAUCACCGAAAUCGCGCAUUCUGCAUUUAGUCUCCUAAACAUUCAUCAGACGCGCCUCGAUCGUGCCGAUCUCGGUUUGGCCGUCGAAACUCGGGAUCAUCAGGAACAUGGACAAGGACGGCAAGAUGAAGAUCAAGGUCCCAUUCCACGUUUCCCCCGUGGCAUGCUUCGCUUCGAGUUGUCGGAUGGACACACCCUCUUCCAGGCGAUAGAAUUUAGGUCCAUGCCUGAAUUGGUGCUCGGAGAGACCCCAUUAGGUUUCAAGGUAUGUUCUUUGUACUGUUCCUUGGUUAUUUUGUAUUUCCCGUCACCGUUAUUCAGUGACAUGCGCCCCUAG